CAGGGGAGUCGUUCUCUUGCCCAUUUUUCGUCGAGUACCAGUCGGUAGAGUAGAUGGACGCGUCUUAUGUACUUGUAGACGAUCGCUCGAGUAGCACCCCGUCGCGUUUGACGAGCGCAUCACACUCCCCUACGGAAGUUCAAGAACCUUCUUAUGCUCAUGACUGGCGCAAGAGCACGACUGGCGGGUUGCGGAUAAGCGGAAGACAUUUUGUUGACAAAUAUGGGCGAGUGUGUGGGCUUCGUGGUGUUAACUUGUCUGGAGCGUGUAAAACGCCUACAAAUGAUGACAAUGCAAUAUUUCCGGACAGGCAUGAACAUGUCACGUUUGUCGGUCGACCGUUCUCUCUUGAGGAAGCUCCAGAACACUUCGCAAGAUUAAGAAGAUGGGGGUUGACUUUCAUCAGAUUUAUCGUAACCUGGGAAGCCAUAGAACACACAGCACCAGGAGUGUACGACUGUGAAUACCUCGAGUAUCUUAAGGCGCUUCUUUCACUUCUUCCUCAGUUUGGACUCGUCGCCUUCGUCGAGAUGCACCAAGACGUCUGGUCACGAUACACUGGUGGGUCGGGAGCUCCCGCAUGGACAGUCGCAGCAGUUGGGUUUGACAUCCAUAAGAUUGAAGACGCAGGUGCUGCAUGGCUAAAGGGCGUACGAGGUGGUGGGCAUACGGAGGACGAACGUGGACUUUGGCCGUGCGGAUAUCAGAAGCUCGCUGCUGCUACGGUAGCGACUUGCUUCUGGGCUGGAGAUGUUUUUGCACCUAAGUUGAUGGUGGAAGGUGUGCCUGUGCAGAAAUAUUUGCAGGAGAGGUACUUGAAGGCAUGGGAGCUACUGGCGAGUGCUGUCGGCGGACUGGAGGGUGUGAUUGGCUUUGAGAUGAUGAAUGAACCUCAUAGAGGAUACAUUAACGUACCUUCAAUGCAUUCUUUUGAUUACAACACUGACUUGCACUUGGCACACGUCCCGUCCCCUCUACAAUCCUUUGCUCUCGGUGCAGGGCAUCCACAGAAUGUCCCUCAUUACACCCGUUCCUUUCCCAUGCCGACCAAACUUACAAGCUUUGAACUACUAAAUACCGAAGAGAUCAAUGUCUGGCGGACCGAUGGCCCGACGGGUGGCAAGUGUUUAUGGGAGAUACAUGGCGUUUGGGGUUGGGAUAAGCACAAGAAAGAAGCCGUUGCCCUGAGGGAGAGCUACUUUGAGAAGCACCCUAUGACCGACAAAAUGGUUGACUGGUACACUGAUUUUUACUAUCCAGUGCUUCUCAAGUGGGCAGAAAGGGUACGCGCUGUAUCGUCAGCAGAUAAAAUGAUCUUCACCGAGCCUAUCCCUAACGAGUUCUGUCCGUCUUCCUGGAGCGCUAAGUGGCGACCAUCGAACAUGGUGUUUGCACCUCACUGGUAUGAUUUGAAUGCGCUGUUCAGGAAAGCAUUUGGAGAAUUUUCUGUUAAUGUACAGGGACUCUCGCGAGGAAUGUUCCCUCUGAAAGCGUUCUACUGGGGUCAAGCUGGUGCACGCGAGAACUUUUCUUUGCAGAUAAGGAAUAUAGCCGAAGCGAGCUAUAAGGCCCUUGGAGAGGUUCCUGUCAUUAUCGGAGAGUGCGGUGUUCCAAUGGACAUGAACCACGGAGAGGCGUUCAGGACGAAUGAUUUCGUAUGGCAAGCAAAGACGAUGGAUGCAAUGAUUACUGCUUUAGAGCGAAGUCUUAUUGGCUACACGCUCUGGAACUACAACCCAGAUAAUGACGAUAAGCAUGGUGACUACUGGAAUGGCGAGAACUUUUCAUGGUUCAGCCGGAGCCGAGCUCAACAGAAACCAGGCCUCGAGCAGAGUUCCUCCAGUCUAGAUGAAGGCGGACGGCUCUUACGAGCAGUUGUGCGACCUUAUCCGGCCAAGACAGCUGGUAUACCGAUCAAGUUCGAUUAUGAGAUGAAUACUGGACGUUUUGAGUUUGAAUGGAUCAUACCUUCCUCUACUUCUUCGUCGUCUUCAACUUCAAUAUAUCCUCCGACGAACGUGGCAAGUCAUAGACUCACAUCUAAUGAGACCGAGAUAUUCCUUCCCUCUAUGCUAGCACGCGGACGGAAAGUGAUCGUCCGAGGGCUGGAGGCGAGCGGCGAGUACCAUUAUGAUGAAGCACAUCAAACACUUGUCAUUCGCGCGCGGAGUGACUCUCCAGGAACUAUACACUGUAUCGUUGUAGAACUCGACCCGCCGUUGAAGAACGAGUUUGUCGUUAAUUCGUUCUGGAGUGACUUCAGUGGGUGGAUCUCAGCGGGUAUUGCUGCAUGGAUUGCGGUUUUGGCGUACUUCUAUCUUUCUUGAUUUUCAAUAGAUAUAUACAUAUCGCUAGAAGCUUGAGAGAUUUCUCUCUUUUCUCUCAAUUUCCUGUAUAUAGAUGCUGCCUCAAGCAUAGUCAACCAACAUGGACUGAAGGUCUACGUUGCCAUAUUAGGCAACCAGUAGUGGCGUUGUGGAUACGCGCCUUCAUU